CUUCCCAGGUUGUAGUUCGUGAGAAUUCUCAUCUUUGCUUGGUGGAUACACUAAGACAAGGGAGCGUCCAUUCUUCAAAACCAACGCCCUGCUUAAGCUUUAUGUGGACUCGCAGUUUGAGGAGCUGGCUUUCCAGAACGCUUUGAUUUGAGCCAUUUUAUGGUUCCCAUGUCCACAAAGAAUCCGUCGCUGUAACUGUCAGGGCGCCAGUGUCUCCGGGAAAAGUAUACUCCCAUCCUUUUUCUUUGCUCAGUGAGCAGAAAUAAAAGCCCCAGCGGGAGUGCGGGGUGGCCCAUGGGAACCAGCGAGUCAUAGUUCCAAGCAGGUCAAGGGUUGCGCCAGCCGCGUUGAAUGCGCCAGUGUGUGCGUGCCCUCGUGAAGGGGGUCUUCCUCUGGGGCCACGGAGGGUGAGUUCAGCCGCCCAAGGGGGUGUAUUACAAGGGUUGUGAAUACAAAGUAACUUGUUUCAAGCCCCCACCCUGCCCGGAUUCUGCGCUCGAUCGCGGCUCGGGGAGGCUACUCUGCUGUGAGGCCCACUGUGGCACCGAGACAGGCCGCCACCUGCCGCGCUGAGCGCACUUGGGUCGGAGCACCGCUCUAGCCUGUGGUUACACAACCGCCCCAGAAGCUGAGCGCCACACUCUCUCGUCUCAUUGAAAUUCGGGAAGCAGCGCUCCUUGCCCUGGCUCCAGGGCGGCCUUGCCGGGCUUUUGUUCCUCUGUAAAUAGCCGUGGCUGGAAGCCCAAAACCAGCGGACUGGGUAGCAGCAGCCCCUUGCCCAGAGACCUGCGCUCCCGGGCCCGAAGCCGCCGGAGACCGGAGACUCGUUUCAGAGUGGUCCCAAAGACAGUUUUGUUGCCGGUGCAUACGUGGCAGCCGAGGGGACCCCAGAGCCACAAGUGCCACUGUCCUGUGGCCUCUGAUGCCAGUGUGUGCGGCCUGAGCACCAUGACGCGGGAUGAGCAGUGCAGGGAGGAGCUCGGCUACGACCGGAUGCCCGCCCUGGAGCGGGGACGGCCGGACACCGGGAGCUACACCCCCGACGCCAAACCCAGUGACCUCCAGCUGGCCACGAGGCUGCCCCCGUGCUUCAGUCACAAGACGUGGGUCCUCUCCGUGUUGAUGGGGAGCUGUCUGCUUGUGACUUCGGGGUUUUCGCUCUAUCUGGGAAACGUGUUUCCCUCUGAAAUGGAUUACUUACGAUGUGCUGCAGGGUCGUGCCUUCCCUCAGCAAUCGUGAGCUUCGCGGUUUCACGGAGAAACAUCAGUGCGAUCCCCAACUUUCAGAUCCUGUUUGUGUCCACGUUCGCCAUCACCACGACGUGCUUAAUCUGGUUUGGGUGCAAACUGGUCGUGAACCCCUCAGCAAUAGACAUAAAUUUUAAUCUGAUUCUGCUCCUUCUGUUGGAGCUUUUCAUGGCGGCCACGGUGAUCAUCUCAGCACGGUCGAGCGAGGCUUACUGUAGGCAGAAGGGUCCUGUGUCGGAAAGCACCAGCAUCUUGUAUGAAGUGGCGUUUCCUGCCCGGGUCCUGAAAUCCUAUUCAUGCUUUCCGAGUGCCAUUGCCAGUCACGUCACAGCCGAGUGUCCCAGCAAGUGUCUGGUGGAGGUGCUGAUUGCCAUCUGCAGCCUCGCGUCCCCGCUGCUGUUCACCGCCUCUGGGUACCUGUCGUUCAGCAUCAUGAGGGUCCUGGAGAUCUUCAGAGAUUACCCGCCCGCCAUCAAGCAAUCCUACGACGUGCUUCAUCUGCUGCUCAUGCUGGAGCUGCUCCUGCAGGCUGGCCUCAACACGGGCACCGUCAUCCAGUGCGUGAGCUUCAAGCUGGGCGCGUCCUGGGGUGCCGCACCCACCGGCCAGCAGGAGCGCCCCGCGGGGGAGGUGCCCAGAAGCCCCCUGAAGGAGUUCGACAAGGAGAAAGCGUGGAGGGCUGUCGUGGUGCAGAUGGCCCAGUGAGCGCGGGGCGGGGAGGCCAAGGCGAGAGCAGGGCCCCACCUGGCUCGCUGUCCGCUAGCUACUGCUGUCUAACUUGCCCUUCACCUCUGUCCAGGUCAGGCUGCAAGCUGGAGUUUUCAUGUCUUAGAGUAGUAUAAUUCUCAGGUAGGCAGUGUGGACUAUUUUGUGCUUAUCAGUCAGUCGGGUCCUGGGCCCUGGGGUGCCAUGUUGUGAGGCCUGCCGGCGAGGCCCGGCGUGCGGAGCCAGACCCUCCAGGCUGAUAACGCAGCCUCGGAUGUGGGGCCAGCACCUGUGUGCUCCUCCAGCACCUGGCCAGCUUCCCUGGUCCGUUGUUGAACAGAUAAGCAUAUGCCUGUGCGCAGCCCCACGUGGGUCUUACGGACUUCGGGGUUUGUCUUCGAGAUGUGCCUGGACCAGAGCCCAGCCCGCCAGCAGCCCCUCAUGCCCAGGGCCGUGGGUGCAGGGCAGCCCCCACACCCACAGCUGUCCCUCUGCAUGACCCGGUCCUUCCAGAAGGACCCUGCUUGCUCCAUGGCACUCCUGCCUAUGUCACGCCUGCUGUGCAGAGACCCGAAUCGGCAGUGGAGGUCUGCAUUUGCGCCAGGUGCUUUCCAGCUCCUGAGCCCUUUGUCAACACCAACACUAAGCAUGACCCUAGCCACUGCCAUGGCCCAGUAUUCUUUGGGGUGGGGCCACGUACAAGGCUUUGAAAACUUGGGCCCCAUUCCGGUCUCACUGGCCUUGGUGAUGUGGGUGUGGUGGGUCCCCUCCCUCCUGUCACGGGUUCUGGCUCCACUCCCAUUACCAUGCUCAAAAUACCAGACAGAUGGCCCUGGAACCCUCACGGGGUCCUCUCUGUGCGGUCUCCUCCAGCCCAGUCCAUUUCUUAACCUCACUCACCUGAGGUCGGGCCCAGGCUCCAUCUGUCACUGCCCCCCUGCCUGACAGCAGAGACAGUGUGGGUGUGAGAACAUUUGCUUCAGUUAAAAUCAUGUCCCCACAUUAGUUUGUGUGCCUCCUCCUCGUCCCCUGAGUGUACCUGGAAUUUCUGGAAGCACACUUAGCUCUUCCCUGUUGACAUGGGUGCUGAUAAACCCCCGUGAGCUGGGAGCACCUCCGAAAGUGUUCCGGGAGCUGUCCUGGGGCCCAUGCUUUCCCUCACAAGACUGCCCACGGCUUCUUGGCAUAGAAGGAGCGAGACAGCGCUCUGCUCGGUGGGGAGGUGUUUGUGUUCACGCCUCCCGAGCAGAAGUACCUCAUGGUAGCUUGUGAGUGAGGACUGUCUGGGGCUGGCCGGGUGUGGACCAGGGGGGUGGAUUCCAGGAUCCUCCCUGGUAUCUCGUUUGGGUGCACAAGUGACUGGGGGCCGGUGUUUACCAGCAUUCACAAUGAGCUGGGUCACUUUCAAACAGGAGGAAAGCAGAUGAAACACGGGGGAGUGGACUGUCCUCUGAAUGGCAGUGAUGGCUCUCCUGCACGCACACAUGCACGCAGCCCCCCCACCCCAGCCCGGCCACAGCCCAGGUCCCCUCCCCUUGCUGCGGCCUCCAGGCCAGGAGGCUGGGGGGUCUGCUCAGGAGCCUGGGACGGGAGCCACAGAAACAGCACAGACCAUGCUGACAUUGUGCUGGGUGUCCAGAAAGUCUGAGUCUUAGCGUGGGAAUUAGAUGCCUGGGGGCUUAACACUGGCUUGUACUUUAUUUCAGAGAGAGCUUGAGAAAUCCAGGCAAAUGGGGUUUUAACAAUUUGUAAUUCUGUCCAUUUUCAUUUUUGUCUGGUGUAGUUUAGUGUUUCCUGAACAAU